UAAAUGUUUAUGUUUAUGGAUGCACCAUCCACCAAGGCAGAUUCAUUCUGGUUAACCCCAUUGCUGCACCUUGGCCGCAAGCGGAGGCUGGAGGAGAGUGACAUGUACAGCGUUCUCCCAGAGGAUCAGUCUGAAAUACUGGGAGAGGAAUUAUGCAGAUUUUGGGACCAUGAAGUUAGAAAGGCGACCAAGGAACUCCGUAAGCCAAAACUCACCAGAGUGCUUAUUAAGUGCUAUGGGAAGUCCUAUGCAGUAGCUGGGUUUUUUACAUUUUCACUGGAGACAAUUAAAGUGAUCCAGCCACUUCUUCUGGGGAAAGUUAUCCUGUACUUUGAGAAUUAUGACCCAAAUGACCAGAGGAGUCUUAGCAUGGUGUAUGGUUACGCUGCUGCGAUGUCCCUCUCUACCUUUGGACUGACUAUCCUCCAACACCUCUACUACUACCACGUCCAAAAAACAGGCAUGAAAAUUAGAGUGGCUGUGUGUCACAUGAUAUACAGGAAGGCUCUUCGUCUCAGCAGUGAAUCCAUGGGGCAAACAACCACAGGACAAAUUGUGAACCUCCUUUCAAAUGAUGUCAACCGUUUUGAUGAGAUUACACUCAAUCUGCACUACCUGUGGGUGGGACCUCUUCAAGCGAUGGUGAUCAUCACUUUCCUUUGGUACGAAAUCGGACCCUCAUGUCUGGCAGGUGUGGCAUUCAUUGCUCUCUUGAUGCCUUUACAGACCUGGUUUGGAAAGCUCUUUGGCAUUUUCAGGAGCAAGACAGCAGUCCUUACUGACAAUAGAAUCCGCAUAAUGAACGAAGUGGUUUCUGGCAUCAGGAUCAUCAAGAUGUAUGCCUGGGAGAUACCCUUCUCAACUCUGGUUACUGAAGUCAGAAAGAAGGAAAUCAGUCAGAUAUUGAAGAGCUCCUACCUACGAGGACUCAACAUGGCCUCUUUCUUUGCCAGCAGCAAAAUCAUUGUCUUUGUUACCUUCACUGUCUACGUUCUCCUGGGCAACACCAUCACUGCAAGUAGUGUGUUUGUCACAGUUUCCCUCUAUGGUACAAUCAAGCUCACGGUCACCCUUUUCUUCCCACUGGCCAUCGAGAAGUUGUCAGAGACUGUGGUCAGCAUUCGCAGGAUUGAGGAUUUUCUUCUGCUGGAAGAAAUUGAGAGAAGAAACUCUUGGCUUCCUCUGAAAGAAGGGAAGGAAAACGCCUUGGAGAUUGAGAAGUUGACCUGCUACUGGGAUAAGAGUUUGGAUGCUCCCUCGCUGCAGAACAUCUCUAUCACAGUGAAGUCACACCAACUUCUGACUGUAAUUGGCCCAGUGGGAGCUGGAAAGUCAUCUCUGCUGAGCGCCAUACUGGGAGAGCUGCCGCGCGACACAGGGAUACUGAAAAUCAGAGGUCAGCUGAGCUAUGCUGCCCAGCAGCCCUGGGUGUUCCCUGGAACCAUUCGCAGUAACAUCCUGUUUGGACGAGAGCUCAACCCCAAGAAGUACGAGACAGUCCUUAGAGCCUGCGCUCUAAAGAGGGACCUGGAGCUGCUACCAGAUGGAGACCUGACAAUGAUCGGGGACAGAGGAGCCACACUCAGCGGGGGACAGAAAGCUCGUGUCAACCUGGCCAGGGCUGUGUAUCAGGAUGCAGACAUCUACCUCCUAGAUGACCCUUUAAGUGCUGUGGAUACUGAGGUUGGGAAACAUCUUUUUGAACAGUGUAUCUGUGGCCUGCUGAAGAACAAGUCUCGUAUCCUGAUCACCCACCAGCUGCAGCAUCUGAAGGCAGCCAACCAUAUUGUGGUCCUCAAGGAGGGUCAUACCAUAUUCCAGGGCACCUUCAAUGAGUUGCAGUGCUCCGGCCUCGACAUCAUUUCCCUGCAGAAAAGCGAUGAGCAGCAGGAGCGAUGGUCUCGAUCAGGCGACCCAGACAAACUCUCGUUACAUAGCCAGAGGACGAAUAACUCGCACAGUUCACACAGCAGCCUCCUUCCACCAGAGAUUAACCGGACUGACCAGCUUCCGGUUGAAACAGUUCAUCCCAUGGCAGAGGAGACUCGAGCUGAUGGAAAUGUUAGCAGCCACAUUUAUCUCAAGUACUUCACUGCAGGCUGUAACCCUCUGGUACUUUUGGUUAUAGUACUGCUCAGUGUUAUAGCUGAGGUUGCAUAUAUUCUGCAGGACUGGUGGCUGGUAUACUGGGCAAGAGAGGAGUUUUUUAACCGCACAGCCAGUGCUGUUAGCAUUGAAACUGGCUUCAAUGCUACUCACUCAGAUCAAGAGUUGACUCUCCCAUUUUACCUUGGCAUUUAUUCAGGUUUGACAGCAGCUGCUGUGGUCUUUGGCUAUGCCAGGAGUUUAGUGAUCUUUCAUGGGCUGGUGAGAUCAGCUCAGGCUCUGCACAACAGCAUGUUCAGCGCUGUCCUCCGCACACAUGUUCGCUUCUUUGACGUCAACCCCAUAGGAAGAAUUCUCAACAGAUUUUCCAAAGACAUCAGCCAGAUGGACUCCAUGUUACCCAUUACUUUUGUGGACUUCUACCAAUUAUUUUUACAGAAUGUCGGCGUUGUUGCGGUGGCGGCCUCAGUCAUCCCUCUCAUCCUCAUCCCUGUCAUUCCUCUGCUUAUUGUCUUCUUGUACUUGAGACGUUUCUACCUCUGCACAUCGCGAGAUGUCAAACGACUUGAAUCUACAACUCGCAGUCCAGUGUUCUCCCACCUGUCUUCGUCUCUUCAGGGCCUGUGGACGAUCCGAGCCCUCAGAGCCGAGGAGAGGUUACAGAAAGCCUAUGAUGCACAUCAGGACCUGCACUCAGAGGCGUGGUUUUUGUUCCUGAUGACCUCCCGCUGGUUUGCACUUAACCUCGACAGCAUUUGCUCCAUAUUUGUCACCAUCACAACAUUUGGCUGCAUCCUACUCCGAGAUGGGCUCAAGGCUGGAGAGGUGGGCCUGGUGCUGACCUAUGCUGUGACACUGGUAGGAAACUUCCAGUGGACGGUGAGGCAAAGUGCUGAGGUGGAGAACAUGAUGACGUCAGUGGAGAGAGUGGUGGAGUACACUGAACUGGAGAGCGAGGCACCCUGGACAACCCAAAAGCGCCCGCCUCCCGAUUGGCCCAACAAAGGCCUUGUGAAUUUUAACCACGUGAACUUCUCCUACAGCAGUGAUGGACCGCCAGUCCUAAAAGACAUCAGCACCACCUUCCAACCCAAUGAGAAGGUUGGUAUUGUGGGUAGAACAGGUGCUGGGAAAAGCUCUCUGGUCUCAGCUCUCUUCCGCCUGGCCGAGCCUCAGGGGGAGAUCUACAUCGAUGGUGUUCUGACCUCUGAGAUCGGCCUCCACGACCUGCGCCAGAAGAUCUCCAUCAUUCCUCAGGACCCAGUGCUGUUUACUGACACAGUUAGGAAGAACUUGGACCCUUUCAACCAUCACACUGAUGAAGACCUGUGGAAGGCUCUGGAGGAGGUGCAGCUCAAGUCUGUGGUGAAGAACCUGCGGGGGAAGUUGGAGACGGUUCUGGCCGAGUCGGGCUCCAACUUCAGCGUUGGCCAGAGGCAGCUGGUGUGUCUGGCCAGAGCCAUCCUCAGGAAGAACCGCAUCCUCGUCAUCGACGAGGCCACAGCCAACGUGGACCCCAGGACAGAUGAACUGAUCCAGAAAACUGUACGUGACAAGUUCAGAGAAUGCACAGUGCUCACUAUCGCUCAUCGCCUCAACACCAUCAUAGACAGCGACAGAAUACUGGUUCUGGACAAUGGAGCCAUCCAGGAGUUAGACCGUCCCUUCACUCUGCUGCAAAACAAAGAGAGUGCUCUCUACAAGAUGGUGCAACAGACGGGCCAGGCCGAGGCAGCAGCCCUGCUGGAGUCAGCCAGACUGGCAGAGGUAGAUGCAGGAGCCAUCCUCGUGCAGGAGGCAGUGCCGUGCUGGGCAGCGACACAGAGGAGAGUCUGUGGGACUGAAUCAGAGAGGCAGAGCACCGAGCCUUCCCCGCUGCUCUAGAGCUGGUGGCCAGCGGCGCAGUCAGGCUCGGAGAGGACAGACACAUCAUGUGGAAGUCCAAUUCCCAGAGAUAGAGAACACACAUCCAGCUCGGCUCAACUGCUAGCCAUUAACAACGGCUUACUUCUAUUACUUAAAACUGGUUUUAUAAUACAAAAGAGACACAAACAAGGCAAACACUAAGGUCAAUAUGUUCAAAUCUUUUCAGAUUGUCAUGUCAGUUGAGUUGAGUUUUUUAAAUGGACUGUAAAUUAACCUCUAAAACGCUCUGGUGGUCCUAUUUGUUAUUCAGUCUAGAUGGAGUGUGUUAGUAUAAU